CUUGUUAGAGAAGGGGAGAUUCAACUCCCUAGAGCCCCCGUCCAAUAUUGUCAAGCUGCUGUUAUUCAGAUAAGGAAAGAAAUUUGACAUGGAGACGCUCCCUAUCUUGACUGCCGGCAGGAAUACCAUCUUCGAGGCGAUUCGAUGUAUUAAGCCAUUUUUAUGAUUGUUUUGCCUCUGUGUUUUCUGGAGCAGUCUCCGUGGAAGCUGUAUGGCCCCGAUCAUGCGAAACCAAUCUGGGAUGAUCAGUUAUUUCUUCUCCAGGUCUCUGGGGUGUUCCGGCUCCCCCAAGCACCUCCCUCACCUUGCAAACCUGGCAGGCUCUGGACAUUUUGCAUGCUGAAGAAAAUCACUGUUUUGCCUCCAGCAAGGAACAUAAGUGUUGCAACACUGACUCCUCCUCUAAUGAAGAAAGAGUGAACAAGUGCACCGAGUUGAGCUUCUCAGAGAGCCACCCGGCGGGGACCGCGGCGCCCGGGCAGCGACCGACCGAGAGCGCGGGAAGUGCUGACGGACGGAUAUGGCAGACUUGGCUCCCAGGCAAAACUAAAGAACCUUUCUAUUCAUGGAGGUGAGCACUACAGAAGCUUUCCACAUGAAUGCUGAAGCGAACGUCUGAUACAUUUCCUCUAGAAAGAGAAAGGAGCCAAAAUGAAGGAAAGUGUGGCAUCCACCGUUGUUUUCAUUUUGCUACUUUUUCUCAACACCGGUCUUCUGAAUGGACAAUCACCUCCUGGAAAACCUGUGAUCUCUAAAUGUCGUUCUCCUGAAAAGGAAACAUUCACCUGCUGGUGGAAACCUGGGGAAGAUGGAGGGCUUCCCACUAAUUACACGCUGACGUAUCACAAGGAAGGAGAAACAACCACACAUGAAUGUCCAGACUACAUAACCAGUGGCCCCAAUUCCUGUUACUUCAACAAGAAGCACACCUCCAUAUGGACGAUGUACAUCAUCACAAUAAAUGCCACAAACGAGAUGGGAAGCAGUUCCUCGGAUCCACGUUAUGUGGACGUGACUUACAUAGUUGAACCAGACCCUCCUGUGAACCUAACUUUGGAAUUAAAACAGCCAGAAGACAAAAAAACAUACCUGUGGAUGAAAUGGUACCCACCCACCCUGGUUGAUGUUAGAUCUGGUUGGCUCACACUCCAGUAUGAAAUUCGGUUAAAACCCGAGAAAGCCACUGAGUGGGAGACUCAUUUUGCUGGACAGCAGACUCAGUUUAAGAUUCUCAGCUUAUACCCAGGACAGAAAUACCUUGUCCAGGUUCGCUGCAAGCCAGACCAUGGAUUCUGGAGUGAGUGGAGCCCAGAGAGCUCUAUCCAGAUACCUAAUGACAUCUCCAUGAAAGAUACCAUUGUGUGGAUCUUUGUGGCCGUUCUCUCCACAGUCAUCUGUUUGAUUAUAGUCGCAGCCGUGGCUCUGAAAGGCCAUAGCAUGGUCACCUGCAUCCUUCCACCAGUUCCUGGACCAAAAAUAAAGGGAUUUGAUACUCAUCUGCUGGAGAAGGGUAAGUCUGAAGAACUGCUGAGUGCCCUGGGGUGCCAAGACUUCCCUCCCAUUUCCGACUGUGAGGACUUGCUGGUGGAGUUUUUGGAAGUGGAUGACAGCGAGGACCAGCAGCUGAUGCCGGCCCAUUCGAAAGAACACCCGGGUCAAGAUAAGAAACCUACAUCCCUGGAUCCAGACAGUGACUCUGGCCGAGGCAGCUGCGACAGCCCUUCCCUUUUGUCUAAAAAGUGUGAGGAAGCCCGGGCAAAUCCCUCCACAUUUAACACUCCUGAGGACAUCGAGAAGCCAGAGAAUCCCCAAACAAAGGUUACCCGCACUCGGGACGCCCAGAGCGCACACUUGGAAGGCAAAAUCCCCUAUUUCCCUGCUGAUGGCUCCAAAUCUUCAACAUGGCCUUUACCACAACCCCCUAACCAACACAGCCCCAGAUCUUCUUACCACAACAUCGCUGACAUGUGUAAGCUGGCCCUGGGCAUGACGGGGACAUCGGCCAACUUGUUGGACAAAACAGACACACAAGCGUUAAGAUCUUCAAAAGCCACUAAGACUGGAGGGGAGGAAAAGGAAGCUGAGCAGAAGGAAGUGGAAAGCUUCCAUUCCAAGACUGACCAAGGCACAGCAUGGCUGUUGCCCCAGGAGAAAACCCCUUUUAUCUCUGUGAAACCCUUGGAUUACGUGGAGAUUCACAAGGUUAACAAAGACGGAGCACUAUCACUGCUCCCAAAACAGAAAGAGAACAGCCACCAGACAGAGAAGCCCAGUACUUGCGAAGGCAGUAAGGAGUAUGCCAAGGUGUCCCGGGUGAUGGAUAACAAUAUCCUGGUAUUAGUGCAGGAUCCGCGAGCUCAGAACCUGGCUAGGUUUGAAGAACCAGCCAAGGAGGCUCCACCAUCUCUUCAGCAGAAUCCGGCCAGAGAAGACCUGGCCUCCUUCUCCUCAGCCCCAAGCAGUUGUGGACUCCAGCUGGGUAACACUACAAAGUACGGGAAAUGCACCCUACUAGAGAAUGCUGGAGAACGUGGUUAGAAUGACACUAUACAGUCCAUAGUUGCUCGUCAUGCACCAUUUUCAACCAGCUGCCUCUUUCUCCAACAGCUGAUUCCAGAACAAAUCGUUUUGUCUCCUGUGAUUUGUAGAUUGACUUUUUUUUUUUUUUUUUUGCUGUUAGUUAUAAAAUUAUGUGUUCAAUGAAAUAAAAGCACACCAUUUAGUAUUCUUGAGGGACAGCGCCAUUAAGUAUAUCCUCUGGAAGGGGCUUUCAUGGUUUGACAUGUGACAGAAGGAAAUGAAAUACUCACAGUUGUUUACCACAGGAAGAUGAUAGAUGUGAGAAAAAUGCCAUGAAAACCGCUUUUGAAGACCAACAAACCUUUGCUUGACCUUUGCUUAACUUUUGCACUCCUCUUUCAUUUUAUUCGGAUUAACCAAAUAUGACCCGUUUGAAGAAAGAAUGCAUUCCAGAAGACUGGACACGUUGUUUACAUCGGUUCCUAUCCCCUUAGUGAUACAUUGCCAAUAUGCAAGCCAAAAUGAUGCCUCCGGUUUUUUCUUAAAAUGGUUUGAGUUUGUUAAUAAGUAUGAAUUUUUUUUUUCCUACCCCUAAAUUGUAUUUUAUUCUGAAGCCUCUAGAGAAAAUAGUUUUGGAAAGUGAAAUUUUCUAAUGCAGCAGGUAAAUGAGUUUCACGUGGUAAAUUCUUCUAAAAUGUUUUCCUGUUUCAUUUCAGCCUAAGAGAUCAUUUAUUAUACACCCUAGUCUCCUGUUAGGUUUAAAAAAAAAUCCCCAAAGACUAAUUUUAAAAGAUAAUCACAGCAGGAUGCUAAUGGAAAUACUGCCUUACUGUACAUACAAAUUCUACUUUAAUAUAAACCCGUAAGUUUCACAAUGUAUUUUUGAAGACUAUUUUUCUAUCACUUAGGUAAAAUAAAAGACUAUUUUCUAUCUUCCCAGUACAGCUGUUUACGUAUUUAGUGGGUACGGUAUUUUCUGCUCUGAGGUUAUAAUGAGUAUUUGCAGUAUGUAGUAGUAUAAAACGCCAUAGCAACCCAAAGCCCACUGAGGAAUAGGAAGUAUAUUCAAUUUCCAGCACAGCGUACUAUAGUUUAUCUGAUUCUUUUUAUCUCUGUGAUAUUUUGAACGGUCAUCAACCCAGAAGUUUAGGGCUUUUCACAGACUAGAAAUCACUUCUGUCAUUUUAGGGCUACUCUGGGGCUUCUGCUCUUCUCCGGGUAAAUAGUCAUAAAACCACCAUAAAAAGGUGAGCCUUGACCUCUCACAUACUGUUUUAGAGGGAGGGUUUUUUUGGUUUGGGUGUUCUGAGAAAUUCUGGGCAGCCAAGAAAAUGUAAGCAAAGCCAGGAGUUAGUAUCUCUCUGAAGUAGAUCCAUUUGCGAAACCUUGGCAGAGGCAGAGACAGGACUCACCCCAGAAACGUUCAGAUACAAGUUCUAAGGAGGCAGGCAUCUGUGGAGUGGUGGCAACAGCUACAAAGGCAAGGAUCUGGUAGCAAGAAUCCCCAUGUCAGUUCCAAGGGCAGCCUUCCAGAGAGAGAAGAGGGCAUUCAAACGCUCGGAUCUCCAUUUUUUAAAAGAGAGCAUUCAUGACUCAUCAAACUGCCUCCCUCUGUUUUUCAUUUUAUCUAAUGGCAAAGCCAUUCUCUGUGUUUACUCACUAGCUGGACGUAGGGAAUAGGAACUCCCCUCUGGGAGUUAAAUAGCCACCCUCCAGCAAGCCCGUGCUGACAGGAACUGGACUCUGCCAUGGCCCUGAUGUUUGCAAGUGAACACAUCGCUAGGGCUUCCAGAAAUGCCAGAGUAAAUCGAUCUGAGUUCUCUUCUCCCAAUAUAGACCAGCAUUAAGAGUGAGGGGAACAUUUGGGAAAGUUGCCCAAGUUCAUCCAGUGCCCUAGGUCCUUCCUACUCAAAGUAGGCCCUGAGGACCAGCUGUCUCAGCAUUGCCUGACCCUGCCUGGAAAUGCAGACUGUCUGCUCCCCUGCCCCAGACCUAAAGAAUCCCAAUCUUACCAUGGUCCUCAGAUGAAUCAUGUGCACAAGGAAGUUUGAGAAGCACUGUCCCAGGUGACCACUUCCGCUAAAGGUGUGUUAGUGCCCAGACACAAUCCUCUCUCGGAGACACAGGUCAAGUCUCACUUGUACACAGUGACCCUCUAUGUAAGGAGAAGGCACACUUUUUGAAAAAUCUAUCUAGGGUUCAAAUUUACAGGGUGAUAGAUGAUGACUUUGCAAAAGUACUUACAACCUCAAGAUGGCUAGGGAAUAUACUCCUCCUGAAAUAGACUCUGCCAAAAGUCUGCCUUUCCAAGCCAGUCCAGACCAAACUUCUCCCAAAAUAGUCCAUUGUCCUCCAAAGUGUACAUCAAUCACUCUGAUAAUCUGAAAAUUCAAAAAUAACCUGUUUGGCAUAUGACUCGGCAUGUUGGGGGGAAAAAAAAUGUUAUGGUGAAAGACUCACCUUGAAGUAAAUCUCCAAAAUACCGUAGUUAGCCACUUACUAAGUAAGCCAAGGUUACAAUUCCAUGGUCAAUUAACACCCUUUAUUAGAAUCAAGGGGGAUUCUUUUUUCAUCUUCUGGCGUAUUUCCUAUCAAGGAGACAGCUGGUACAGAGGAAGGAUCCAGAACUGGGGGUCAAGAGACCCAGCAUCCAGUCCUGGCUCUGUUGCCUUCGACAGAACAAUUGCCUUUCCUGGGCCUCAGUUUCCUCUGAAGGAAAUGUCAGGCCAAUCAUCUCUACUAUCCUUUCAAACUCUGGCUCCUUGAUUCCAUGACUCAUUGAAUAUUUUCCAGCAAAGAUAAUUUAUCCAGUGCUUUGAUCGUAAGUAAGCUAACUAAUCAUUGCCUUUCAUCAGAGACACACAAGCACUCUCCAGGGAUUGGCUCUUCUGAUUUCACUUUUAAAUCAUCAGUUCUAGUCGGUCUUAACAUAUGACACAAGCAUGCUAUAAAUUAUGUAGAUACAGCAUCAGUGUCGAAGAUAACAUGUAAGUAUGUGUGUAGAGGGAAGAUGCAUGAGCUGUUUUGUUUUGUUUUGUUUUGUUUUUAGACAUACUGAAUGGGCCUUUGAUUUUUAGAAAAAGAAAUGGCUUCUGGUUUUUAUUUCUUUCUGAUGAAACCACUAUUGCAUCGCUGGUUUUUACAGAGCCAUACGCUCUGAAUUAUAAAAAGUCAUGGUUUUUAAACAAACACCUAAAUAUUCAAAUUACAAAGCACAUAGAGAUGGGCUAGCCAAUGGGUGAUCUAUGGAAUCUCUAACCCCAACCACAAAAUGUUCUCUGGUCAGUUUUAACGAAUGGAUUUAAGGCACCUCGGCGUGAACCCAAGUUAUUAUCAGCUGCAUCCCUGACAUUUAACAGAAUGUCCAUUUUCCUAAGUGCCUAAGGCCUAUCCUGGUAGGUGGGUAUGUACCAAAAACUUGCUUUCACUGAUUUGGUCCAACAUGGGUCAGUCCCUUACCACCUGAAUCAGACCAAGGAGUUUGACCCCUUGUCCUGUAGUGCCCAACUGAAUCAGAGAAGCCAUGAGUUCAAGAGCUCCGGGACAUGGUUUGGCUCUGGAGGAGAUCUGGCCCUUUCUUGAGAUUCUCCAUGGCUGUAGUCACUUGCAGAAAGACUUGGCCCUGCCUUUAUUGUCUUCUCUAUCUCCUUAGUGUAGACAAGAAAGAAACAGAUUUGUAUAUAGUUUACAAAGUGCCUUUCUUUACUUUUAUUUAAAAAAAAAAGUUCUGUUUUUGCAAGAAAAGCGUAUAGAUUGGAAAGUAAAUUUUACUUGUUUUAUGUAAAAGAAUGGAGAAACCAGAAAGGGAAUGACAAAAUGAUCCAAGGUCCAACCAGCAACUGUUCUGCAAAUUUUUGUAUUUAUUGCUUAAAUGAAUUACCAUAGAGCUGAUGUGAAUAGUGUAACUUAUUUUGUCUAACGAGAAAUUGCUAGGAUUUAAGGAUAUGCCGGCUCCCCUACUCCUCAAUUUAAAAACAUAUUGAUAUGCUUUUGAAAGGCUUCAAAUCGCAUUCCUGGGCCUAAAAAGGACAAUGCAUGCACAGUGGGAGAUCUUGUAUGCAUACAGAAAAAUGCAAAUGACUCUGCAUUACCCUCCCCAAUUGUCACUAACGUAGAUUUCCCAUUGAUGAAAGCCUUGUGUGUGCUUCAGUGGACAAAUUUCUUGUUUUGCCUUUUCGGCUCAAGCACAAUAGUAAAAUCCAAGGUUUCAAAGACGCAGGUGCAAUGCAGGAAAGUAUUGCUGACAUGCCCUUAACCUGAUAACAUGCAGUGUCACAAAGCUCAAGAGAACGAUAGGCAUCUGUUGGUCCAAGUCGGGUUGAUUUGCUUUGACUAUCUUGGCUUCUUCUCUUCUUAGCUUUCUGUACUUGUAGGCUUUUUGCUCGUCUGCUCUAGGGCCUGUAUUUGUUUCUGAGAGUCAAUUAUGUACACUAGCAACUAUGAGAUCCACUAAAAACUAAGCCAUUCAUCAACAAUGACCUUGGCCCCCUCAGAGGACGAGGUCAGAUGUUAAGUCAGCCACACAGAUACCACGUUGUACAUUGAGGGUCAUUAGUCACCUCAUUUAGAGAUUUGCAUAGUUAGAAAUUGCAAACUCAAUUCAUUAACUGCUUCAUUAAUUCAAAGGCCAUAAAUGUACAUCGAUGACUCAGUUCUGGAGGUCUUAAGUAGAAAUUUAAAAAUACAAAAUGAUUGCUCGAGAACAUAUGCUGUAACCAGAAGUUCUAUUUAUAAUUAAGACCUGGACUUCAUCCAUGAUUACCAGAUAUAAUCCAAAUCAAAUAGUUCUCUCCCUAGGCUUGUGUCUUUCAGUAGGUGAUUAGGGGUCUGAGGUCAUCAUGGUAUCUACUUCAAUAAAAUGAAAAAAAUAGGAAAUGGGACAUUUCCAGAGGUCUGGGCAUCUCAGGAUUCCACAAAAUGCCAACAGUAGUCUGUUAAACCCAAAUUUUAUUGGGCAAAGUGAAACUGUAAUCUAUUCGGUGUUCUGAGUUUAUGGCUAAGAGAUGUACAUAACACACAGUACUACAUGCCCUUUAUUGUUUUAUCCACCUCCAUUCCUUUGAUCUCUGUUCUGAUCUCAAGAAGUACUGAGAUGUGUAAAGUGGAAAAACAUAUCCUGUUUAUGUGACUGUGGUCAAUGAAUACAGAGACCCUUAGACAAUGGUAUUCUAUUAAUUAACUUUUUACCUGCUCCUGAUUAAAUAAAAGAGCAAGAACACUUAAAACCUUUGCUGAGGGAAGGAGUAACAUCAAAAAUAACCUUUAAUAAUUACAUUUAAAUUAUGCUUCACCUGGAUAAACUUCAAAACACCAUCUGAGUUUCUCCAUGCAAAUUUCACAAAUCCUGAAGAAAAAAAAUCCUGUUAAUAUGUUAAUCUGACAUCAAAAAUCUGUAUUGCAAAGAUACCUCUGAAAAACAAUUUGUUUUAUAAAAUUUCUGGUAAGAUGUUUUUGAAUUUUCAGAAGUAACUACCUCCCCUUCUUGUCCUACAGUCCUUUCUCCAAAGCUGCUUAUUGUUUGGAAAUGAAAGAUACUUACCGCGUCUCAUGCUUUGACUGUCUUUCAGUGGCAUAUUGGAUGUACUGGCCAUGUGAUGUUCCUGAGUUUAAUGUAACUGUUAUAUUAUUUUAUAUUAUACGGCUUUACAUGGUUCCAAACUGUCCGGUGCAUUAAAACAGAUAAUCCGUGUAUCGUGAAACUCAUCAUGUAAUAAUUAUAUAAUGACUUAUAAUCUGUCCUUGUGGCUCUGUUUGAUUAUGUCUAUGUUUGUAAAAUGAAACUGAAAAAAAUGUAAUCAUAUAUUUCUGUUGAGACUGCAAAUGUAUGCAUUUUUUCCUUACUCUUUGUCUGGAAGUAGUAUCCUAUGCCAUUGUGCAGUGAUCUGAGGUGUGAAGCUGAACUGAGGUGUUAGAGUACAAUCCAACCACUGUUUCAAAGUCAACCGCUCAGCUUUGCUUCAUGUGACUUCUGAGAACUUCUUGAGUGUUACUUGCAUCAUGAGGCUUGCUUUUGUGCUUUAUCAUUCAUUUUAAACAAUUUCAUAAGAGUCUCAUGUGGAAACCAAAGCAAUCUAGAACCAGCCUGUUGUGUGACCUGUGUCUUCUUGUAAAGCCAUAUUGAAGCAAAGACUAUGUAAUAGCAAGUUUCCAUAUUUUCUGAUCUCUCACUACCUCUCUCCCUAGGAAAUACCAAGCAAAAUUCUUCAACAUGAAGUGGGAAAUUAGAAGUGAUUGUUACAAUAAGCUGCUGGGGGUUGGAUUUGAUUUGGUUUUUUUGUUUUGUUUUAUUUUGUUUUUACAUGAGAAUACACCUUCUAAUUCACCACUUUGUUGGUUUAUGCUAGGUUUUCUCAAUAACCACUUUUACAUUUUAUAAAAGCUGGCUGACGAAUAAAGGCCAGAAAGAAUACUUAGUAAAUCACCAGAGGAAAGACCAACAAAACCACAGAGUGCAGAUUUCUUUCCGAAUGAUGAGUCACCUCGAGGUGGUUACCCAAAGCCAUGAUAAUGAUACUUCUCACAAUUUGACUUCCCUAACACCCCUAGAAAUAAAUAUUUUCCUUAUUUGAUUUUAGCCAUCAAAUAUCCAAUGGUAUGGGAAAAGUCAGCCAUAUAUCAGAAAUAGUCUUGUUUUGAUUCAAAAACACAUUUCUGCUUGUAUUUAUUGUAAUGCCUACUUUUUUGCUUUCUAGCUUUAAAGAAUUUUAGAGGACUAUAGUUGUCUGAUUUAUCUUGAAUUUUUAAUUCUGUAAGAUUUCGGUUAUUGCACAUUGUACUUUCUGUUUUCCGUGGAUUUAUUUGUUUGCCUCCUUCCGUUUCAAGGGGACAAACUGGACCAUUAAAUCCUUGCCAGUAGUAUGGGAGAUUAAGCUAACUGCUAUUGUCAUAACAUCCUCACUUUUACUGCACGCCAAAAACAAUGCUUGCCAAACAAAAUCUUAGACAUCUCCGUAUGAUAUGGUCGUUAUAUUUCUAUUCAUGUUAUUGACAAUAUACCCAGUCCAGUGCCUAUCUCAAUAAAUGUUUAUUUCCCUUGCCUA